GGGAGAAAAGCAAAACAAUCGUUUCAGCUAUUCCCUUUAUCGGCUGCAUUUCUGCAUUGUUUUAGACUGUUAGUGCAAAUUUAGUGUCUUCGUCGAAAUUACUGGGCCUUGCAGUCAGGACAAUCAUUUUAAAUGUAUCUUUUCUUGUUAGCUUGUACAGUCUGUCGACAUAUUUUCCUUCUUUAGACACACUUGGCCUGUUUGAAAAUGACUUCGAAGCGCCUCCUCGAUAAGAACCCAGCCAGUGUGAGGGGCACCGGCGCCGGUACCGUCCUGUACGGGGGAAACUACUGCACUAAACACAACGAGCAAUUUUCACUGAAGACAGGCGUCAUAACGAAAAAGAAAUCAACCGUCAACGGGUUUGAUACCCAAACAGUGGACACGCGCUGCUUGCGCGAGCCUAGUAAAGAACUCUGUCCUAACGGAAAGCAGUUGGCUUCAGGUCGGGAGAAGCACUACACCAAAAAGAAGACUGCCUAUGCAAGUGAAGAGGAUGAGAGGGAGCUAGUCCCAGGGGAUCUUGCUCAUCGCUUGGUCCUAAAUGGACACAGACUAGAGGACCACAUGCAAGUGGAGUCCAUAAUUUCGUUAAGGAACAUGUUGCCACUGCAUGUUUCAGAUGUUUCAGCAGAGGAAAAUCAUUCAUCCUCUCAAAUCCCAGUUCCUCGCAACAGGAAGCCGUCAGGCCAUGCUGAUAAAGAGGUGAUGGCAGCUACUGUCUUGACCACUCUGUCCACAAGCCCUCUGGUGCUCAACCCUUCCUCUGGUGCUUGUGGUGGAGUAUCAGAGACAUCAGGCAGGGGAUGGAAGGAAAGUCUGUCAGCCAGCUACAGCAGCUCCACUAGUGGCAACUGGAGCUGGGAUGCUAGCGAUCAGUCAGUUCCCUCCACACCAUCCCCACCACUCUCCAAUGAUGUCAACAAGAGCUUCCUGAUCUACUCACAGGGGGAGGACAACAUCGAGGAGGCAGAGGGUACCCACUUCGUGUUCGAGGAUCCGAUUCCCCGGAAACGGAAGAACUCCAUGAAGGUGAUGUUCAAAUGUUUGUGGAAGAACUGUGAAAAGGUCCUUAGUACUUCCUCAGGGAUCCAGCGACACAUCCGCACCAUACAUCUGGGGCGGAAUGGAGAUUCUGACUACAGUGAUGGUGAGGAGGACUUCUACUACUCAGAGAUUGAGGUGAACAUGGACACUCUGUCUGAAGGGCUGUCGAACCUCACACCAACCUCGCCCACCACCACUGGCCCGCCCCCUGUCUUUCCACUUGCCCAUGAGAUGGCGCAAUCCAAAUCUGCCACUGUGAUCCACAGUCCGCUCAGCCAAUCAGCUCCCUCCACACUGUGCCAUAUCCGCACUGACCAUGCCUAUCAGGCCACCGCUCCUGUCAGCAUUCCUACAGUGUCCUCCGAGCCGUUGCACAGCCACAGCACCAUCAGUGUCUCCUGGCAGUCACCUUCUGUUAUCUUUAAAAGCCAACCAGGUGCAGUAACGCAUGUUGGCAUUUUGAGCACUGGGGAGAAGAGACAGCCUGUCACUCAUGCUGUCAGCAAGACAAACACCACCACCGCAUCUACACCUAAACCCAGCACUGGAACCAGAAAACCCCGGGGAGAAGCAAAAAAGUGUCGCAAAGUAUAUGGAAUGGAGAAAAAAGAUCUGUGGUGCACGGCAUGUCGCUGGAAGAAAGCCUGCCAGCGCUUUACUGACUGAUUUUACCCUUUCUCUUACAAACAUAACAGGCUCUUCUAACAUCAGUGUCUGAAUCACUGACUUAUUGUUGACCCCCUCUUGUGCACCAUAAAGGACACCUUGAGGAUUCUCACAAUUGGGUAAGGGGCUUUUCUAGCAUCUGAGCUGUUUUGUGUCCCCCAUACCACAGCGAAACGUGGAACACAUUUCACUUUUGUGAAACAUUGGGAAAAAGAGAAAAAAGUUUGAAAAAAUACAAUAUGCAUUAGCUUUUGCAGCACUACUCUAAAGCAAGAUUUUUUUGUUCAUUUUUAGUCAAGAAAAAAAACUUCUGAAAAAAAUAAGCUAAUGCAGCUUUUACACACACACACACAUUUAUAUUAAACGAUAGACUUUAUACAAUCCAUUUUAAUACUGAGUUGUUUAAGCAGGGCGAAACUUCAUACCUUUUGUUUAACCUUUGAACAAGCUUUGACUUUGACAGUUUAAUUUCUUUAACCAAAGGUAAAGAAUGUGUUUUUGUCCAGGGGUUCUGCUUUUUCUGAAAUUUUGGCUUUAUUUAAAUUUUAGUUUGUAUUUUUGCCUUGCCCAAACAGAUAAUAGCAUUCUCCUGAAUCUUAUUGAGAUCAUCGCAAUCACAGUAAGGGAGCAAUAACGCUCAUAAGUUUUAUGUAGCUUUAACCAUGAAAAGAAAGGUUCUUUUAGGAUUUGACUAUUGCUAUAGAAAAACUAGUACACCUGUACACCAUCUCUCCUGACACCUCUACGUGGAUAUGAUGCACCUUAUCAGAAUUCUCUCAUAUGUUUUUUAUUGUGAGAAAAUGUAAAUUAGCCUUCAUAAAAAUCUGCUUCAUUUUUUGA